ACCACCACCAUGACCACCACCACCUCCUCCUCCCAAAUUCUCCGCCACACCGCCGCAUUUGUAUCCGAAACACUCUCCCAACCAGAGCUCCGCCGCCACAUAUUCUCCACUCUCCGCCGCAAAUUCCCCUUCUCUACCUCCCAAGCCGCCCUCAACCCUCUAAACCUCGCCGCGGAGACCCUAGAGAACACCAUCUCCUCCACCAGCCCCGCCACUCGAGCCUCCUCUCUCAGCCUCUCUGAAAAGCUCCUCCUCAAGAACCCCUUAAACCCCUUCUCUUCUCUCCUCCUCUCCCUCAUCUAUGGCCUCUACCGCCGCCCCAUCGAAGCGGCUCUCAGCCUCCUCGACAUCUUCCACACUGACCCUUCAUUCGCUCGAACCGAACUCGCCCCUGUACUUUUCGAAGAGCUCUUUCUAGUCCACCUCCUCCCGGUUCUUCAUUGGUACAAUGAGCAAAGAACACAAAUAUUACCCACGUUGUCAACAAACGUUAGUUAUGAAAACGACGACUGUUCCAUAUCCGACAUGUCUGUCGUUUUUCCAUGCUCGACAUCUUUGUCGAAGAUGAGCGGGGGACAGACUUCAGAGCUGAAGGAGCUGGAGAGCAAUUAUGAGAAAGUUCUUGAUGAGAAUUGCAGGGCUUUUAGUAAUUACUUCAAACAAGUUUUGGAAAAUAAAGAUGCAAGUCGACUGAUUGAUCCACCCACAGUGAUGUUGAAGAGGAUUGAGAGGGUUGAUCAAGUCAAGUACGGAGAUGAUGAACAGGGGAUCAAAACAGAGGAACCCGGAUUUGAAAACGGACGGUAUAAUCCAAUAUGGGCUGAAGCAGAAGCAUCAGUUGAAUUGUUCAGCAGCAGCAGGGGAAGAAAACCCAAGUCUCCACCACCAGCUUAUCCUCAAAGAGUUUAUCUUAAUAAUAUCCUGACGGUCCAGGAAGAAUCUUCCUGGAGGUUGGAAGCAUCGGCCAAUGUAAAUUCAGAUUCUGAGUCAGAAUCUUCGUUGGAGGACAACUCAGUUGGUUCUUCUUCUUCUUCAUUGGAUUCUGAAGCUGAAAUUGAGGAAAACAACAGAGAAAUGGAGUUGUUUGAGGCUACAAAGAGCCAAAUUCAAAAACUAAAGCAGCCCAUUUCUGCAGAGUCAAGUUGUUCUCCAGAUCGGUUCAUGGCAGACUCUGAUAGCACCUCUGCUGGUGGUGGAAAAAAUACACCUCCCAAGGACUUUGUGUGUCCCAUAACUAGCACCCUUUUUGAUGAUCCUGUGACACUUGAGACCGGCCAGACAUACGAGCGAAAAGCGAUCCAAGAAUGGAUUGAAAGAGGGAACUCAACAUGCCCAAUUACCCGCCAGAAUCUGCAGAGCACCCAACUGCCUAAAACCAACUAUGUGCUCAAACGUCUUAUUGCAAGCUGGCAAGAACAGAACCCCGCUUGUGCAGUCUUAAACCUAUCGCAGAAUACAAGCCUGGUGGUUGACCCAGUUGUUAAGUCCAUAAUGCCUUUAACUUCUCCUGACAGUGUUAUAAGCCAAGCCAGCCUUGAUGGUGCAGUUGGAGAGUUAAGACAUGCAAUUACCAACCUUUGUAUGUCAGAAAUUCUCAAGGAGUCUGAACUGGCUGUUCUUCGAAUCGAGCGAUUCUGGCAGGAAGCAAAUGUGGAAUGGGAUAUUCAGAGUUUGCUCACAAAACCUCCCGUUAUUAAUGGUUUCGUUGAGGUUCUUUUCAAUUCUGUUGAUUCCAGUGUGUUGUCAGCUGCAGUUUUUCUACUGUCUGAGCUCGGGUCAAGAGACAAUGCUGUGAUCCAGACACUGACACGGGUUGACUCUGAUGUCGAAUGUAUCGUGACUCUUUUCAAUAAGGGGUUGAAGGAGGCUGUGGUCUUGAUAUAUCUGUUAAGGCAUUCCAUCCCUAAUCUAAUUGAGCUGGACAUGGUGGACUCUCUCUUAGUGGUUAUUAGGAAGGAAGAUAAUGAUUUGCUUAACAUGUGUCUAAAGCCAAGAACAGCUGCAGUGGUUUUACUCGGGCUGAUUCUUGGUGGCAGUGGAGAGGGCAUUGCCUCCUCAAUUGUUAAUACUGUGGUUUCUGAAAAAGCACUUGAAAGAAUCAUUAGCAGUUUGGAAUCUGAAUCGGUAGAAGAGAGGAUUGCAGCAGUUGGGAUCUUAUUGAGAUGUAUGCAACAGGAUGGAAAGUGCAGGAACACAAUAGCUGAUAAAGCUGAGUUGGCUCCUGUUUUGGAUAGCUUUAUGGGUGCAAAUGAUAGAGAACGGUUUGAGAUUGUUCAGUUUUUCUCCGAGUUAAUUAAGUUAAACAGAAGGACAUUCAAUGAACAAAUCCUGCAUAUUAUAAAGGAUGAAGGUCCUCUCAGCACAAUGCACACCCUCCUUAUUUAUCUUCAGACAGCACUUCAAGACCAGUGUCCUAUUGUGGCUGGCCUACUACUUCAACUUGAUCUUCUGGCAGAGCCGAGAAAAAUGAGCAUAUACCGUGAAGAGGCAAUAGACGUUCUCAUCUCAUGUCUCAGAAAUGUGGAGUUCCCUGCUGCUCAAAUUGCUGCUGCUGAGACAAUUAUGUCGCUGCAAGGGAGGUUCACCACUUCUGGAAAGCCUCUUACCAGGGCUUUCCUUCUCAAACGUGCUGGCCUUGACAAAAGUUACAAAAGUAGUGUGAGAAUGGAUCAACUUAGCAACUUUUCUGGAGAAGAUGAAACUCUUGAGGAAGAGAAGGCGGCUAAUAAUUGGGAAAGAAAAAUGGCAUUGGUUUUAGCAAGCCAUGAGUUUGGUCUACUUUUUGAGGCGUUGGCAGAAGGCUUGAAGAGCAGAUAUGCAGAAUUAUGUUCAGCAUGUUUUGUGUCAGCCACAUGGCUCGCACACAUGCUUGAUGUUCUUCCAGACACAGGAAUACGUGAAGCAGCCCGGGUCUGCUUGCUCAAACGUUUCAUAUCGAUAUUCAAGUCUGCCAAGGACACUGAAGACAAAGCCCUCUCUAUGCUGGCGUUGAACAGCUUCAUCCAUGAUCCUGAAGGGAUGAGUGAGGUAACUUCUUCAAUAAAGGAUAUCGUAAAAGGCCUGAGAGAGCUUAAGAGAUCCACUCCCUUGGCAUUUCAAAUGCUAAAACUAUUUUCUGAGGGGCAAGACUCUAGCACAGAACUGUGGGAUCAUAAAGAAUUAGUUCAGGUAGAUUGCAGUGAGAAUGGAGAGGUUCUUUCAUUAGUUUGCUUCAAGGAUAAAAUAUUUUCGGGGCAUUCAGAUGGAACUAUAAAGGUGUGGACAGGUAAAGGCAGCGUACUUCAUCUAAUCCAAGAAAUUAGAGAACACACAAAGGCAGUUACUAGCUUGGCAAUUUUGCAAGCCGGGGAGACUCUAUACAGUGGUUCACUUGAUAGAACUACAAGGGUAUGGUCUAUUAGCAAUGAAGCAAUUUAUUGUGUACACGUACAUGAUAUGAAGGAUCAAGUUCAUAGUAUAGCCGUCACCAAUACCCUUGCUUGCUUCAUUCCACAAAGUAAUGGUAUCAAGGUUCAUUCAUGGAAUGGAGGAUCCAAAUUGUUAAAUUCAAAUAAAUAUGUAAAGUGCUUCGCUCUAGUACAUGGGAAAUUGUAUUGCGGAUGCCAUGACAGUGGUAUUCAGGAGAUUGAUUUGGCCACAGGAACACUCAGUACCAUUCAAAAUGGCACUCGGAAAUUACUUUCGAAAGCAAAUCCUAUCCAUGCCAUUCAAGUUCACAGUGGACUUAUAUAUGCAGCCAGUUCUUCUGCGGAUGGAGCAGCCGUGAAGAUUUGGAAUGCUGCAAACUUCAGUAUGGUUGGAUUUCUGCCAACUACAUUAGAAGUGCGGACAAUGGCCAUAAGCUCAGAACUAAUUUAUUUGGGAGGUAAAGGAGGAAGUGUGGAAAUAUGGGAUAGGGAGAAGCAGAACAGAAUAGACACCCUACAAACUGGUACCAAUUGUAAGGUUCUUUGCUUGGCUCUUGAUGCCAAUGAGGAAGUUUUGGUCACUGGAACUUCUGAUGGCCGAAUCCGGGCAUGGGGGCUGAGCUAAGAAAAGGACUUGGUAACUUUGGUGGACGGAAAUAUAUUUGGCUGGAAGAGCAGCUGAAGAUAGAUUAUUUUUUAUUUUAUUUUAAAAAAAAAAAUUCUUUGCAAUAUUUCUUCUUUGUCAGGGAGCAUUUCAUGGAAAAUAUAUAUUGCUUUAGCCAAAAUAAAGACAUAUCAGAUGUAGAACAGUGAGAAUUGUAAUGCGUUUUGUUGUAGAGUUGUACAGAGACUGAGUUUGCACAGAGAAUAAAAGAAAUUCCCAAGUCAA